AUGACUGCGAAUCGCAAAGCUUGCGUCAACCGGGCUGAAUAUUUGCACGGCAGUGGGAAGCAUAUGUUAUUGAGCCAUCAUGGGAACGAGCCUUGCUUGCCAGUUUGUGGACAGAAGUCUCACUCCGCGAAGCCGACUAUCCAGCUACUUCAAAUGGAAGUGUUCUCGGCUUCUUCGCAGUACGAGGUUGGCGGUGUCGUCGGCGGUGAGGUCCCGGUGACACAGAUGGACAAGACUACUGAAGAAGAUGUGCUCGGCAAAGAGAGAUACAGCGAAUUGCCUCUAACUGUCAGCUGUGGUCCUUUCUAUGCUGAGGGAAGAAACGGAGGAAUGGACGAAGUUGAGGAAGCAACGCAAAUAACAGGGAUCCAUGAGGCUAGUUCGCUACUGCAGCGGCAUCGAGUCGCUACUCACACACUCGUUUGGGAUUUUCAAACCCAACCUCUGACUAGUGGGAAGAAUAUUGAUUCGUAUUGGAUUCUCGUAUUAAAACGCCAUAUGGCUUUUGUGGUUCAGACUAGCGGGACGGGCCCUACUUUUGUCCCAUUGAACAACAGUCACAUACCUUUAGCGUAA